AAUAUGACCUCUCUCAGGUUGCUUUUCUUGAAGAACAAGAGAGAAUAAAGCUUUUUUCUUCUUCUCCUCCUCAAAAAAACUUAUUUUUCCUGAUUUUGUGUUUCCACCAAACCGACUUUCAGAUUUCGAAUCGUCAAAAGAUGGACUUCGAGCUUAGAUCUGCGAGGGAGAAGCUCGAAAGAGAGCAAAGAGAGAGGAAACAAAGAGCGAAACUUAAGCUCGAACGAGAGAAGAAAGCCAAGGAUGCUGCGAUUAAACAACGCGAAGCCAUCGAAGCUUCUCACAGAGCCAAAAGGCUUGACGCCAUCGAAGCCCAGAUUAAGGCUGAUCAACAUAUGCAAGAGAGUUUAAUCGCUGGAGGAGGUAUAGUGUUCGAAAGAGUCUUCCAAGCUGUUCCUUUCCAAGGCAUUGGUGACAAGAUCAAACUACCACCUUCCUGUUUCACCGAGUUGUCUGAUCAAGGAGCUUUCGACAAAGGCCCUUUGUACUUUGAGCUCUCUGUAGACUACAGAGACAACAAAAAGACAACACACUCUGGUGUUCUCGAGUUCACCGCCGAAGAUGACACCGUUGGUCUUCCUCCACACGUUUGGAGCAACUUGUUCUCAGCACAGGAUCAUCCGAUGGAUGUUCCUUUGGUUCAGAUCCGUUACAUUCGGCUACCUAAAGGGAGUUACGCCAAGCUUCAACCUGACAACCUCGGCUUCUCGGAUUUGCCUAACCACAAAGCCAUCCUCGAGACUAUUCUCCGGCAACACGCUACGCUUUCCACGGACGAUGUUCUCUCGGUGAGUUACGGGCAGGUCUCUUACAAGCUUCAGGUUCUGGAGCUAAAACCCGCCUCGAGCAUUUCGGUUCUGGAGACUGAUAUUGAGGUUGAUAUAGUUAGUCCAGAGAUAGUCUCGGAUCAACCGAGUCAGCAUGUGUUAAGGCCGCUUCAGUUCGGGAAACCUGAGUCUGGAACUGUUGAGGAAGGACGGUAUGAUUACUAUAAGUUCAGUAUCGAUGAGUCUACUGUAGAGAAAGUAAUGGCAGGGGACGUCAAAGUUAUUGUUAAGAUAGAUGUGGAGAAGGAUGGAGCGGAUACUGAUCUCUAUGUAUCAAAGCACCCGAUUCUAUUCCCUUCUCUUAACCAGCACGAGUGGUCUUCACACGACGUGGGUUCAAAGACCUUGAUAUUGGAAUCAAAGGAGAGGGCUUUGAGCUCAGGGACUUACAGUAUAGGUGUGUAUGGUUUCAAGGGAACGGUCAAGUACCAGGUUUCAGUAUUAGUCCAAGAGAGCAGCAGUGGAGCUAAGGUUGGGGAACGGGCUGUAUCGUCUUCAUCAGAUGUUGAUACUGUGGAGUGUAGGAACUGUAAGCAUUCGAUUCCAAGCAGGAGUAUAGCGUUGCACGAGGUGUACUGUAGCAGGCACAACGUUGUUUGUGAUCAUCCUGGAUGCGGAAUCGUUCUCAGAGUUGAGGAGGCGAAGAACCAUUUGCACUGUGAAAAAUGUGGGCAAGCGUUGCAGCCAGUAGAGAUGGAGAAACAUUUGAAAGUCUUCCAUGAACCACUCAGUUGUGGCUGUGGGAUAGUGCUUGAGAAAGUACAGAUGGUUCAACAUCAAGCAAGAGAUUGUCCUCUUCGUUUAAUCGCUUGCAGGUUCUGUGGAGAUAUGGUGGAGGCGGGUAAAGCUGCAGCUGAUGUUAGAGACAGGAUGAGAGGGAUGUCUGAACAUGAGAGUACUUGUGGUUCAAGAACUGCACCUUGUGACUCUUGUGGUCGAUCUGUGAUGCUCAAGGAUAUGGACAUUCACCAAAUUGCUGUUCAUGGCAAGAGUAGUUAACUUCGGUUUGUUGAUAUGCGGAACAACUGCUUGCAAUGUUGAAACUGUUUGUUGUUUGAACAGAGAAGAAGAUCCCAUUUGUAAGGAGUUCGUAUUAUUUAUGACAUUUAUGAUUCCUUGAAAGUCAAAAUCCGAAACAAAAA